UUAUAUGACAUUGUUUUAGCUCAACUGCGGUUGCAGUUAAACUUGAGAAGCUGUAUUUAGUUUGUAGUAGCAAUUCUGCAGAUUUUUAAGAAGUGUUUUAAAAACUGUUAUAGAAUUAUCCUUUAUUUCAGGUAUAUCUCUGUUUUGAACCCACCAUUUGCUUUGUGUACCUGUUUGCAGGCCAGAUCUGGCAGACUUCUCCAUGUACUCGUGUUUUACUGCCCUAUUCCUUUUCAAGCGCGUUGUUUCAACUUCCAUCAUUGCCUUGUUUACUUACUUCUGGUCCUGUCCUAUAUAGAUGUUUAUUUUCAUCCUGUGUGAAACAUGUAGGCGCGCACUUGUGUGCACGUCUUCGUGUUAACUUCUUCAAAACUGUCGUGUUGUUUCCCUGAACUUUGGCAAAAUUGACAAAAUUUGAUGCCCUUUCGGAUUUUGCGGCUAACCAUUGUUUGUCAGGCUUAACACCGCAUCAGUGCCAUACACGUGACUUAAAACAAUUCAGAACAUUUAAAAUGAAAUUAGUGGUUUUUACUUUAUGUGGAAAAAGUUUAACCGUUAAAGCCCAACCAUUAAGUCAUCCCGGCAAAAGUAAUCCCCGAUCAACUAACUGCGAUGAAACCCUUAAGCCUAUAAUAUUUUGCAACGUGGAAACAAAAUAAGAUGAUUUUGUGAAUAAGAAUGUCAAAGUAACAUACGUGACUUUGUUAAUUACACUUGCUAUUUCAGGCCGAAAAUGAAACAGGCUGGAUGGAAGACGAUACCGACGGAGGCAUUGUAAUCAAGGUUGAAGGGAAAGUCGUGGCUAAAGUGCCUUCCGCCAAGAAAGGGGACACACACUGGAGAUGGGUUAAGGAUGUUUUUGAAAAACGAAGACGCACAUCCCUUCAAGAAGUUAUAACAGAUUGGCCCACGCUACAAAUCUUGGACAGAGACAUGCUCAAGAGUAGUGAAAAAGUGGCGUCAAGGAGGCAGUCUCUUGCUGAGCUUAUCCCAGAUUGGCCCGUCCUUCAUCACUUUCAGAAGACGGAGGUUGGACUACUAAUGUCGCACGUCUCCUUCCAUUCUUCACUUUGAUCUGUCUUCUGUAUGCUUGUGUGUAUUCUUAAACUAUACUUUCCUGUGUAUCAUUAUUCUGUGCUCUUGUUCGUCUUCUCUUUCUAUUCUCCAGGAUUUGUCUUAAUUUUGUUGGUGUACAAUUGGCGUCCGGAAUGGUUUCUUUCCAGUUCUAUCUUUAUAAAUGUCCCUGCUUAACUGUGAUGUAAAUAGUUUUUGUGAACAAUAGCUGUGAGUCAUUUUAUUGUCUUUGCAUGUAACUUUGGCACUGUCAUGUGUACAAAGUUCUUUAGGGCACCCUUACACUUUCUGUAACUUUACCCUCCAUUUGAUUCAUAAACUGUGAUGUUGUACCUUCCUGUAACAUCCGUCUUUCUUCAAUGUUCUCCUUUUGCAUUACCAUAUAUAUCUUUAUAUAUGGUAUAUGAAACCUGGUUAUUUCAGAAUUGGUAACAUCCACAGUUAAAAAACUUUCAUUAUUAAAGAAAAUUUACCUUUUCUUGUAAAAAUGUUUACUUGUUUACCUUCGCAUGGCAAUUUAUAUUGAUAUCCGUGGGCUCCGGCGCACUGAGUAAAAUAUUACCAUGAUUUUGAGUCAUCUUGCAUGUCUUUACCUUUGUAGUUAAAUUUAUAUUUUUAAUUCCCCAAUAAAUAUUUUUUCUGAAACAAGAAAGCAUAUUAUAUACUUCUCUUUAGAGUGAGAUCAUAUUAUUUGAC